AUGGCGCCCGCCUUCCACGACUCCCUCCCCUACAUCGACCCCCCCCCCUCGGAAGCCCACCUCCACGCCGCCCGCCUGCUCAUCCAGCACGAGCAGCAACAGCACGAGCAGCAACAGCACGAGCAGCAACAGCACGAGCAGCACCAGCAGGCCUCGCCGCCGCCCCCCCCCCGCGCGCCCAUCCCCCCCCUCGACACCAAGCGCUACGAGGCGCAGGUCCUCCCGCCGCCCGGCACCCCCCCCGCCGACCUGCGCCCCGUCCUCGCCAGGGCCUUCGCGUCGGCGCAGUACCUCGCCGCCCGGGGCGACAACCUCGCCCUGCUGGACCGCCACGGCCCCCCGGCCUGGCUGCUCGCCAACUACCACCUCGAGAGCGAGGUGCGCGCCCUCGAGGCCGAGCUGGCCGACACGAGGAGGCGCAUCGACCAGGUCAACCAUGAGCGGGCGACGCGGCAGGCCGGCGUCAAGCCCGAGCUGGACGGCCUGGAGGAGGCCUGGCGCAAGGGCCUGGGCAGGGUGCUCGAGACCGAGGUGGCUGUCGACGAGGUCAAGGCCCAGAUUCGACAGGAGCUGCGGCGGCGCAAUGCAGGGCCGGCGUGA